CAUUAGUGUUAAUACUUCAGAAAUGCAGCAAACUCUCAUCUCUUUCUUUUGCUUCGUCUUCCUGGUUUUCUCAUCCAAAGUCCUUUGUGAAAACCAAAACACCUGCAGAGAAUUGAAGUGUCGGAAACAUGGCCCAGCUAUCCGAUUCCCUUUUAGCCUCAAAGGUAGCCACCCAGAAAAUUGUGGGUAUCCUGGGUUUCUUGUUUCCUGCAAUGAAAAGCGGGAAACCAUUCUUGAGCUGCCAAUCCCAGUCAAAUUCGCAAUAAAAACCAUAGACUAUGAGAAUCAGUAUAUCCAGCUAUAUGACCCAGAAAAUUGCUUGCUGGUGAAGCUAUUGAAAGUCUACAACAUGCCAAUCUCUCCCUUCAACUACUCAGAAUACCAGAUGACUAACAUUACUUUAUUCAAUUGUUCUUCAGCUGAAAGGCAACUGGCGAACAAUAAAGUCCCCUGUUUUGAAGGCCCUGCUGGCUACCAAAUUUAUUCGCUUGAUUCGGAGGAGGAGGAGGAGGAGGACACCAGUCUCAUUCCCCUUCUGUCUUGCACAAAGAUGUAUGAUUAUUCAUCAGUUCCAUACAGCUCGUAUAAGCCUGCAAAUCUUCAUGUGGAAUGGUCAGAACCAAGUUGUAAACGAUGCGAAGCACAGGGCAACAAAUGUGGACUGAAGAAAAAUGGCACCGAAAGUACUGAAAUUGAAUGCCUUUAUAGGAAAGGAGGUUCACAAAAAAAGUUAUUAGUAGCAACAGGUGCAUCCCUGGGUUCAUUUGUACUCGUACUACUUGUCGCUGCAGUUUAUCAUGUCUACAGUUCUGACAGGAAAGAAAAAGAGAAUCAAUUAAAGAUUGAAGUAUUUUUAGAGGAUUACAGAGCACUCAAACCAAGCAGGUAUUCUUAUGCAGAUAUUAAGAGGAUUACAAAUCAAUUCAAGGAAAAAUUAGGCCAAGGAGCCUAUGGGACUGUUUUUAAGGGAGAACUUUCUGCUGAAUGUUUUGUUGCGGUGAAAGUCCUCAAUAGUACUAAGGGGAAUGGGGAAGAGUUUGUAAAUGAAGUAGGAACAAUGGGACAUAUCCACCAUGUCAAUGUGGUUCGAUUGGUUGGAUUCUGUGCGGAUGGAUUUAGACGAGCUCUUGUUUAUGACUUCUUACCUAAUGGUUCACUACAAGAUUUCUUAUCAUCAGCAGGCAAUAACAAUUCUUUCCUGGGUUGGGGUAAGUUGCAAGAUAUUUCUCUUGGAAUAGCAAAAGGAAUUGAAUAUCUGCACCAAGGAUGCAAUCAACAGAUCCUACAUUUUGAUAUCAAACCCCAUAAUGUUUUGCUAGACCAUAACUUCAACCCAAAGAUUUCUGAUUUUGGUUUGGCCAAGUUAUGUUCCAAGGAUCAAAGUAUAGUGUCAAUGACUACCGCCAGGGGAACGAUGGGGUACAUUGCACCUGAAGUGUUCUCCAGGAACUUUGGAAAUGUGUCCUAUAAGUCAGAUGUCUAUAGCUAUGGAAUGGUACUGCUUGAGAUUGUAGGAGGGAGAAGGAACUUUGGUUCAACCACAGAGAACACCAAUGAAGUUUACUACCCAGAAUGGAUCUAUAAUCUUCUUGAAGAAAAAGUUGACCUACCUAUCAAUGUAAGGGAAGAAGGAGAUGCUAAAAUUGCAAAGAGACUUGCAAUUGUAGGUCUUUGGUGCAUUCAAUGGCACCCUGCAGAUCGUCCUUCUAUGCAAAGGGUGGUUCAGAUGUUGGAAGGAGGAGAAAACUUAACCAUGCCUCAAAAUCCUUUUGCCUCUCAGGGUCCAGCAGGAACAAAUACAAGUGCACCUUCAAGAAAUUUAAAUCUCCAACUAGAAGUAAUUCCUGAGUUAGAACAGUAAUAUCUAUGUUUAGAGACUAUAUACAUACUUAAUGUGUGUUAAGUAGUCAAUUGAGUUAUCUGUGCAUGAGUCCCAUAGAAAUGUAUUUAGGUAGUUCUAAAAUUGUCAGUUUAGUUCUCAUAUUUCAAGUUUGGAUUCUGAAUACACUAUUUACCCUAUAGGGUAUCUAAGGUACUACUUAUAUGUGUUGUAUGAGCAAGCACACAUGCUUCCCUU